GAAACUUUCAUCCCAACUAAACUCUUCUUCCUCUUCCUCGUCUCAUCUUCUUUGAGGUCGGAAUCGCGUGACAAACUUAUUCUUUAUACUCUUCCAUCUCUUCCACACUUGUUCUUUAUGCUCUCCAUCAUCCUCCUCCUCCUGCUCCUCCUCCUCUUCCUCCUCCUCCUCUUCCUCUGCCUCCUCCUCUACCUAUACGGUCAUGGUGUCGUCGUCUAACACCAUGGACGAGAUGGAGAAGCCAGAGGAGUCGAGAUUUAUCUGCCAAACCUGCAAGGCUUCGUUCGAUGACAAGCAGACGAUGAUCAAUCACUGGAAGACGGAGUAUGCGAAGGGAAACAGACACUACUUCUGCGAGAAAUGUAUGAUGAUGUUCCGCACCGAGGGUGCUGCCGAGAUGCACUACAAGCAGUUCCACCAGAUUGACCAGAAAAUGGGUUGCCCCGGUUGCAAAGCCACCUUUGUUCGCAUGAGCGGCUUCGUGGAUCACAUCGAAAAGAACCGAUGCAACACAAUCUCCAAUGCGAGAUUCCACGAGGAGCGAGAGAAAGCCUUGAGAUUUGCCCGCCAGCUUCAGAUGGUGCCUGGUCAACAUGAAAACAAGGUUGUCACUUUCACCGCUUGGAGCGGCAGUAACAAGGGUCCUGCCCAUUACACCCAGUAUCUUUCCACAACGGAGGACGAGACCGCGGGCGACACCCUCUCCUCUCUCCGUCCUCUGGUUGACAGCAGCCACAAGCCGGAUCCCGUCGCCUUCCAGAUGAUGUCGCUUGGUCAGAAGGGCGAUUUGCUGACUGGGCCGGGGAGCGACCAUCCGGAACAGUCAAGUGAGGCUGGGGACAUGAGGGUGCUCUUCCCGAGCUACACUGGUCCUGCCACCACCCCCGCUGUUGCUCCUGCGCGUCCCGCCCCCGCGCAAGCUCAAGGUUGGCGAGAGCCUGAGAAGAGACCAGUCUACGACAGACACGAUCCUCGCAACCCCAAUUGGGACCCCAAACAGUACUAUAACCAGUAUACCAGAAAGUAUGGGUGUCCUAGGGAAAGGUGCAUCAAGUCGUUCCCCACCAGCAAUGGUCUCCGAAACCACAUUCUAACACAUCCGACCACUGGUUUCCAAGUGCAGUGCCCAGUGUGUUCCAAAUGGUUCGACACAAACGCAGCACUGGCCCAGCAUGCUGAGUCCGAGGGUAGCAAGUGCAAGAUCCGCAAGUCGGAAGACUACGCCCGCUUUAUGGGCCAGUUUACGGCUGGUAUGGUGGAUACAAAGUUGGGGUCGGCGGGUAUGACUGUGUACACUGUGUCUGCCCAGGCCAAGAAGACCUUCGGUAACAAGAAGGAUGGUGAGGAGGAUAAGGGUGUUGAUGGUUGGGGCAAGGAGAAGACCGAGGAGAAAGCUGAGAAGAAGAAUGAUGCUUUGGAGGGUCAGUGGUGA